UAAAGAAUUUGGACAGUGCAAUUUCGAAGUAUAUGAACAAUAUGCAAUGUGCAAUUCCGUGUAUGUUGGAUAUCGUUCAGAUCUUCUCAAGAUCUUCCUGAUCAAUUCAGCUUUGGCCAGUCUCGCCGCCAGUCUGCAGCCGGCCGCCAGAAUAAUAGUGUCCCGGAGGUUUUCAUCCCUUCCUCAGGAUCAUAAUUUCGCUAGCAAUGCAAGCGUUCUUCCUGUCAAAAACCUCGGGGGACGGAACAUGAAUGGAAUGGUCUUGUUCAGCAUGAAAUGGGAUGGCACUUCUCAUAAGGAUCACUUGGCUCGUAGUAUGAAUCCCCGCAACCAUGGCGGCCGAUAGGCACUUUUCUCUUCUCGAUGUCUUUCUCGACGUUGCCCAUAAUGCUGAGACGUCACAACGCAAUAUUUUGGAAUGCGGCCUGGACACCUGGACAUACUCAGAUUUGGACAUCAUCUCGUCGGCCCUGGCCCAGGAUCUCAGUACUACCUUGGGUUGCUCUCCCAGGGUUGCAGUCGUCAGCGAGAACCAUCCCUAUGUAUUUGCUCUCAUGCUGGCCGUAUGGAAGCUUGGAGGAAUAUUCAUCCCCAUCGACGUCCAUGUUCCCGCCGAGCUUUUAACGGGCAUGCUACGCAUCGUUGCUCCAGACUGCGUGGUGAUUCCUGAGACUGAUCUUUCUAAUCAGCGCGUCAUCUCUGCACUUUACCUCCACGUUAUUCCCUUCAAUGUCAAUGCGUCGACAAUGUCUACACUUCGACAGAAAUAUGUCCUAUCUACUCAGAAACCCUUGCUGUCUGAGUUCCCUCUUCCUCAUGUUGAUCGUGCAUGCCUCUAUCUCUUUACGUCCUCCGCGUCUUCCACCGCCAACUUGAAAUGCGUACCUUUGACUCAUGCACUUAUCCUCAGCAACUGUCGUUCCAAGCUUGCAUGGUGGCGGCGUGUUCGUCCAGAAGAAAACAUGGAUGGGAUGCGUGUUUUGGGGUGGGCGCCUUGGUCACAUAUUCUCGCGUACAUGCAGGAUAUUGGGACAGCAACGCUCCUGAAUGCAGGCUGCUAUGUCUUUGCAUCUGUUCCGUCCACAUAUCCUACGCAGCACGUAGCCAAUGGCCUGCAAGACCCCACUUCAAAUAUAAUCAAGUCGCUUCUCAACCGCCGUAUCACGGCGUUCGCAUGUGUGCCGUUCAUUCUUAGUGAACUGAAAGCUAUGUGCGACCCAGCUUCCGGUCCGGACGCCAAGGAUCAAAUGUGCUUGGGAGCUGGGGAGAAAGUGCGUCUUAUAAGCACACUGCAGAAUCUCAUCAUGUUCGAGUGUGGAGGCGCUGCGCUCGAGGCAGAUAUCACGGAUUGGACCGUCGAAAAUGGUAUAUCAGUCAUGGUCGGUAUUGGAAUGACGGAGACCGCCGGCACGGUUUUGGCAGCGCGUGCACAAGACGCUCGUUCGAAUGGCUAUUCUGCCGAAGAGGCUCUCAUCGCUGAUGGCAUACUAUCAUUGGUCGGACCUGACGAGGAGGAAAUGGCCUUUGACGGAGAACUUGUCGUGAAAAGCAAGCUCAUCCCACAUGGAUACAUCAAGUACCACGAUUCGGCAUUUUCAGUGGACUCAGAUGACUGGGUGACGUUCAAAACUGGGGACAAAUAUCAGCGUACACCAGAUGGACAUUUCAAGUGGCUUGGAAGAAAGACCGAUUUUAUUCAGAUGACAAGCAGCGAAACCUUAGAUCCCAGACCUAUCGAAAAAGCCCUCUGCAUGAACCCCAUUAUCGCAAAUGCGUGUGUCAUUGGUGACAGGUUUCUAAGGGAACCUGCGACGGGUGUAUGUGCCAUUGUCGAGAUCAGGUCAGAUGUGGAUAUGGCUUCCGCCGAGGUUGACAGGGAGAUUGCGAAUGUCCUCGCUCCAAUCAAUCGUGAUCUUCCUCCGGCUCUUCGAAUAGCAUGGUCUCGCGUACUCAUAAUCCGACCUCCUCAGAAAAUACCACUCACAAAGAAAGGUGAGGUGUUUCGCAAGAAGAUUGAAGAUAUAUUUGGCACCUUCUUGGGUGUCGGUGUUACUACCAAGGUGGAAGUGGACCAUGAAAGUAAAGAAGAUGAUACGGAACACAUCGUGAGACAGGUUGUGAGCAAUCUUCUUGGAGUCCAUGAUCCUGAGCUAUUGUCUACUUUAUCUUUCGCUGAGCUCGGGAUGACCUCAUUUAUGGCCGUUAGCAUCGUUAACACUUUAAACAAGCAUAUUGGCGGCCUCGCACUUCCACUUAACUCAUGCUACAUUCAUAUUGAUCUUGAUUCUCUUGUAGAUGCCAUUUCACUUGAACGUGGUCAUCGAAAGAACCCUACGCCCUUUUCUUCUAACCCUUUCCUCGCCUUUGAAUCCAGCCAGCAAAAGGAUAUGGAGAUUGUGAUUGUUGGUAAAGCAUUCCGUUUGCCCGGCUCACUCGACAAUAGCACCUCUCUCUGGGAAGCUUUGUUGUCAAAGAGUGAUUCAGUCAUCGGUGACAUCCCACCCGAUCGCUGGGAUCAUGCAAGUUUUUACCCCCACGAUAUAUGCUUUACGAAAGCAGGCCUUGUCGAUGUUUCCCAUUAUGACUAUAGAUUUUUCGGUCUCACUGCUACAGAGGCGUUGUACGUAUCUCCGACAAUGCGCCUCGCCUUGGAAGUGUCAUUUGAGGCUCUGGAGAAUGCAAAUAUUCCCUUAUCCAAGUUGAAGGGGACACGAACUGCUGUUUAUGUUGCCACUAAAGACGAUGGGUUCGAGACACUCUUAAAUGCUGAACAAGGCUACGAUGCCUACACGCGAUUCUACGGCACGGGACGUGCUCCGAGUACCGCAAGUGGCCGUAUAAGCUAUCUUCUUGAUAUUCAUGGACCUUCUGUUACCGUUGACACAGCAUGCAGCGGAGGCAUUGUAUGUAUAGACCAAGCCAUCACUUUUCUGCAAUCCGGAGGGGCAGAUACUGCUAUUGUUUGUUCGAGCAAUACGCACUGUUGGCCGGGAUCAUUUAUGUUCCUGACAGCGCAAGGCAUGGUCUCUCCAAAUGGAAGAUGUGCCACAUUCACUACAAAUGCAGAUGGAUAUGUACCUUCAGAAGGCGCAGUGGCUUUCGUUCUCAAGACACACAGCGCAGCAACACGCGACAAAGACAAUAUACUGGCCGUGAUAAAGUCAACAGACGUGUCUCAUAACGGCCGUUCUCAAGGGCUAGUUGCACCAAACGUAAAGGCACAGACAAACCUACACCAGUCGCUGUUACGAAAAGCUGGGCUGCAUCCUGAUCUAAUUAACUUUAUCGAAGCUCAUGGAACAGGUACAUCUUUAGGAGACCUUUCAGAAAUCCAGGGUAUCAAUAAUGCCUACACCUCAUCUCGACCUCGUCCAGCCGGUCCUCUGAUCAUUAGCGCGUCAAAAACGGUUUUGGGACAUAGUGAACCAACUGCAGGAAUGGCCGGCAUCCUCACAACCUUGCUCGCCUUUGAGAAAGAGACGGUUCCUGGUCUCAACCACUUAACGGAACAUAAUUUAAACCCUUCGCUUGAUUGCUCUGCAGUGCCUCUCCUGAUUCCUCACGAGCCUGUUCAUAUCAGUGGUGCAAAGCCCCAUCGAGCUGCGGUUCUAUCAUACGGAUUCGCGGGGACACUGGCUGGUACCAUCUUAGAGAGUCCACCUUGCGACCUUACAAGGCCCUUGUCAAACGACAUACAAGAACAUCCUAUGAUUUUCGUCGUCAGUGGGAAAACGGUGCCCUCUCUGGAAGCAUAUCUAGAGCGGUAUUUGGUAUUUUUACGGGUCGCAAAACCAAGCGAAUUCCAUGACAUCUGCUACACCACUUGCAUCGGGAGGGAGCUGUAUAAAUACCGGUUCUCCUGCGUUGCCCGAAACAUGGCCGACCUCAUUUCUCAAAUUGAACAUCGACUGACGACUUGUUCCACUUCGAAAGAGAAGCCCCGUGGCUCGUUAGGAUUCGUGUUCUCGGGUCAAGGUACCCAGUUCCCCGGCAUGGCAGCAGCACUUGCCGAACGAUAUUCAGGGUUCCGAGCGCUCGUCUCCAAGUUUGGGCAGAUCGCCCAAGAGCAGUCGGGCUACCCGAUCGAUAGGCUGCUCCUCGAAGUUACCGAUACAUUACCAGAAGCAAACAGCGAGGUCGACCAAAUUUGCAUUUUUGUCUACCAAUAUUCUGUUCUGCAAUGGCUGCAACGUCUAGGCAUUCAACCGAAAACAGUCCUUGGUCACAGUCUAGGAGAAAUUACCGCCUCAGUCGCAGUUGGCGCCUUCUCUUUUAGGUCUGCAUUGGACCUUGUGGUCACCCGCGCUCGUCUUCUUCGUCCUCAACCAAAAUUCUCUGCGGGAAUGGCUGCAGUAGCAGCGUCCAAGGAAGAAGUUGAAGGACUUAUAGAUAUGCUCAAACUUGCGGAGUCGCUGAGCGUUGCGGUUCAUAACAGUCCACGGAGUAUCGUUGUAUCAGGCGCAUCAGCUGCGGUCGAUGCCAUGGUUGUCGCUGCUAAAAAGCAGGGCUUGAAGGCCUCCCGCUUAAAGGUUGACCAAGCCUUUCACAGCCCUUACGUUGAUUCUGCUGUAUCGGGGUUGCUCGACUGGUCCAAUAAGCAUCGUUCGACCUUCCUCCCAUUGAACAUCCCUUUAUACUCAACUUUGACUGGCGCGCGUAUUCCGAAAGGAGGGAAGUUCUGCUGGGAUCACUGGGUUAAUCAUGCUCGAAAGCCCGUCCAGUUUGCGGCGGCAGCUGCAGCAAUGGACGAAGAUCAAUCCAUCGGUGUUCUUGUUGAUGUUGGACCCCAACCUGUUGCGUGGACCCUCCUUCAAGCGAAUAACCUCCUCAAUACCUCUUCGAUUGCUCUAUCAGCAAAAAUUGGAAAGGAUCAGGAGAUGGCGUUGCUCUCUGCUUUGAGCUACCUCGUCCAAGAGCACAACCUUUCUCUCAGCUUUUAUGAGCUUUACUCUCAGCGUCACGGUACUCUGAAGAAGACAGACGUUCCUACCUACCCGUUCCGUCGCGUCCACCGCUACCCGACUUUCAUACCGUCACGGAAUAGAAGUCCUGCUGACAUGAGGGUAGCUAUACCACCUACCGACCUCUCUGUCCGAAAGAAUGUGGAUGCAACACCGCAGUCUCGUCGUGCUGGCCUGAUAGCCUGUCUUAAAGUUAUCCUCGAGUUAACACCAGGAGAGGAAUUUGACCUUUCUGAGACUCUCAAUGCUCGUGGGGUCGAUUCAGUUAUGUUCGCACAGUUGCGGAAGCGUGUUGGGGAAGAAUUCGACCUAGAUAUACCAAUGAUCUAUUUAUCAGACGUGUUCACGAUGGAACAGAUGAUUGACUACCUCGUCGAACAGUCCAGCCCCACAUCAAAGUUGGUAGAGAUUUCGGUUAAUCAAUCAUUAGACGGAGAAGGCCUCCGGACAGGGCUUGUAUCAUGCCUUAGGGACGUACUGGAAAUCUCCUCCGACGAAGAACUUGACUUUUCCGAAACUUUGAACGCUCGUGGUACGGACUCAAUUAUGUUCGCUCAGCUACGAAAACGUGUCGGGGAAGGAUUUGGUCUUGAAAUUCCGAUGAUAUAUCUGUCUGAUGUGUUUACCAUGGAAGACAUGAUCAAUUUCCUUGUCUCGGAGCGCUCGUGCUAGUCGGUUGGCCAUAUCGCCAGUCGUCGAGACCGUUACUACCAAGUCGCGUUUCUGUUUGUUUGUGAAGCAUUUGUACUAUUACGCCCUUUUUGCUACAGCUAUCUGCUAUUUGAAUUCCAAAAUCCAUCGGUAUUAUUCUGGAUAGCACAACUACUGGAAGCAUUGAAGAAUAAAUGACAUAGAUAUCCAUACAAUGACAGUAGUAUAACAGGAAGGACUGUGUAUAUAUGAUUUAGACAUGACCCAUAUAAACAAAGCAGACAGUGUAACAAAACAGUAAUGCAAUGGUACUAG